AGAGAGUUGUUGUCAACUUGAUUGAAAGCUAACCUCAUUUUUGGAAAUAUGUAUCAAAAUUUUUAAAGUGUUUCACACCCUUUCUUAUUCAGGACUUACAUCCUCAUGCAGUGAAUUCUUAAAGUGUCAAUAAUGUACAAAAUUUCAAAAACAUGGCGGACGGAACUGGAAUACUUGAAUUUUUUGUUUCAGUAACAUUUCGUCUGAUUGCUUGGAUAUUUUUUCUGCAACUCGAUAGGCUUGUACCAGUAAUUCGACACAUCGACGAAGAUGAAAUGUGGUACUAUCGCUACCCAUCAGUAGACAGCAUAAUACCGAAACGUUAUCUCUACGUUUUCAUUACGGUUGUACCAAGCAUAGUAUUCAUAUUGCAGUUCAUCGUCAACAGAAGGGAAAAGUCCACAAUACCGGAUAUCAUCACGAACCUGAAUGGAUUAACUUUGGCUUACUGCAUAAAUGGAGUGAUAACGUCUGUUCUGAAACUGAGCAUCGGACGACCAAGACCCAAUUUCUUUCUCAGGUGCUUCCCUGAUGGAUACGGUACAAAUAUAGAUCAGUGUACUGGAGAGUACCGCGGUAUGAUGGAUGGCCGAAAAAGUUUUCCCAGCGCACAUGCUUCUUUUGCCUUCACCAGCAUGGUUUAUUUGACGCUUCACUUAUGGAGGAUUAUUGACUGGAAGACACCGAGGUUUUUGAGAGGAUUGUAUGUGUUUUUGUUUUUUAUGCCGCUGUUGGUAGCAACUCUGAUUGCUGUGAGCAGAACUGUCGAUUAUCACCAUCACUAUUCAG